GCAAAUAUGAAGGAGUGCAUAAGACCGUUUCAUAAAAUCAGGAGAAUUAUCGCAGAGAUAUUUUUACACCCGGGAUUCUCUCUACACAAGCUAGGGCUUAGGGCUAAAAAGGGGGAAUCUGAUUCAAGGAAGGAGCAGUAUAAUCGACUGGAGCACGCUGCUUUCUUGAGAUCACGGGGCGGCCAUUUUUCUCUAUUUUCAGUUAGCAGAAAAUAAGUGAAACCCACUCAGAAACCAAAGUAAUGGGAAGAGGGAAGUUCAAGGGCAAGCCCACUGGGCGUCGCCAGUUCUCCACCCCUGAACAGAUGAUGUCCGGUACUUCUGCUUCUCGCCCUCGCACCUUCAAAAAGGAAGAAGCUGAGGUGGAAGAAGACGAGCGGUCGGAUGAAGAAUCUGUAGAGGAAUCUGAGGACGAAACUGAAAAAACGAAGGGCACCAAGGGUGUCAUUCAGAUUGAAAAUCCUAACUUGGCAAAGCCAAAGAACUUGAAAGCACGUGAUGCUGAUAUAGAGCAAACUACUGAGCUUUCACGACGUGAAAGAGAGGAGAUCGAGAGGCAGAGAGCUCAUGAAAGGUACAUGAGGUUGCAAGAACAAGGCAAGACUGAACAAGCAAGGAAAGAUUUAGUGGUUUCAAGUUUUAAAAUAUUUCGGCCAGUCGAAAGGCAUAAUUUGGAUGUGCAUCUUUGUGUUGUUCCUUUCUCAACUACAGAGCGAUUGGCUCUUAUACGGCAGCAGAGAGAGGAAGCUGCCAAGAAACGAGAAGAGGAGAAAGCUGCCAAAGAACAGAAGAAGAUGGAAGCUCGCAAAUGAUUUUAACAUGUUCAAAAGAAUGGGGUUCAAUCAAGUUAUUCCAUACAUUCUAUUAUAAUUUUUUGAGCUUUACUCCAACGAGAUUUGUAUUACUGUUUUAAUUGCUAGUGCGCACCCAUGUCUAAUCUUUCCUGUUCUCACGCAAUGUUAUUGUAUAUGGAAGAGACAUGAUGACACUGUUUUUAAUAUGUCAAAUCUUCUCUUGUUUUGUGUACAA